AUGUUGUUCUAUGGACCUCCAGGAACCGGUAAAACCUCCACGAUAUUGGCUCUGUCAAAGCAGCUCUAUGGGCCUACCCUUUUCAAGAGCAGAGUGCUGGAACUGAAUGCCUCAGACGAAAGAGGCAUUUCCAUUGUUAGAGAAAAAAUCAAGAACUUUGCUCGUCUUUCUGUUUCAAAUGCUUCCAAAGAGGACCAGGAAAAGUACCCAUGUCCACCAUAUAAACUCAUCAUAUUGGAUGAAGCAGAUUCUAUGACAUCUGAUGCCCAGUCAGCUCUGAGAAGAACCAUGGAGACUUACUCCAACGUGACGAGAUUUUGUUUGAUUUGCAAUUACAUCACGAGAAUCAUUGAUCCGCUUGCCUCCAGAUGCUCCAAGUUCAGAUUCAAACCACUUGGUGACAAUUCUUCUCUGGCAAGAUUGCAGUACAUCGUGAGCUCCGAGAAGAUAAAGCUCGAGGACGAGACUAAAAUCCUGAAGGAAAUAUUGAAAUUGUCCGAGGGAGACUUGAGAAAAGCCAUCACCUUUCUUCAGAGUGCGUGUAAGCUGUUUUCCUUCGGAACAGAUGGUGAUAAAGCUGAGGCACCAGACGCAGAUUCUAUGAAUAUUGAUGAUCCAGUGGUUGUGCCUACGUUCUCCAUCACCGAUAUCCAGGAGAUUGCCGGUGUCAUACCCAACAGCGAGACAAACAAGCUGAUUCAGCGACUGGUUGCCAAGAACUUCAACGACAUAUUUGACUACCUGAGAGAGGAUGUCUUCAAGGCAGGCUAUAACGGGUCCAACAUUAUCAACUCCUUACAUGAUUCGCUGGUGCUCGGUGGAGACGAUGAUGACGACGAUGUUGACCUGGCCCUCAGUUUGAAUCAUGAUCAGAAGAACAAGAUCUCUGAAAUCAUAUUUGCUGCCGACUCUAAGCUGACUAACGGAUGUAAUGAGCAGAUUCAGGUUUUAGAUGCGUGUUUGAAGAUAGCUGUGCUUCUAUGA